CAAGACUCAGCGGCUGCCGCUAAUGCCCAAUGCUGCUGAGAGGGAAAGAAAGAGUGAAGAGAGGGAGGGAGGAAAGAAGGAGAUAAAGAAAGGCAGAGUGGAGCGCGGAAUUUUCGUUCCUGUUUCUUGGCGCGAACCUGGCAGAUUUUUUAAGAAGAUUGGCCGUAGCUCGAUGCUUUAUAGAUCAUUGCUUUCGAGCUACCGAACAUUGAGUUGGUGUGUUACUGCAGACUAGCUAGGUCGUUAGCAUUUUAACAUUCUUUACCACAAACCCCAUCUCAUCAUUUUUGAUCUCUAACUUCUUUAAAGCGUUUUAAGUACAGUAGUCGCGUCAAGGUGGUCGCAUUAAAUCUACACAAUGGGGAGAAAGUCAAACAGAGCAAAGGAGAAAAAGCAGAGGCGGCUUGAAGAAAGGGCAGCUAUGGAUGCAGUGUGUGCCAAGGUGGUUGCAGCCAAUAAGCUUGAAGACCCUUUUUCUGCCUUUCCGGUGUUCAAAAAGUAUGACAGAAAUGGGUUAAAUCUGGAGAUUGAGUGUAAACGGGUAGCUGCAUUGAGUCCAGAAACAGUGGAGUGGGCCUAUAAUUUGACUAGAGCCAACAUGCAGACGCUAUAUGAACAGAGUGAGUGGGGAUGGAAGGAGAGGGAGAAAAGGGAUGAGAUGAAGGAUGAGAGGGCUUGGUAUCUCCUGGCCCGUGACGCUGAUUCUUCACCUGUAGCGUUUUCCCACUUCCGAUUUGAUGUAGAGUGUGGAGAUGAAGUUUUGUAUUGCUAUGAGGUUCAAUUAGAGAGUAGACUCCGACGGAAAGGCCUGGGGAAAUUCCUCAUCCAGAUCCUUCAGCUUAUCGCAAACAGCACACAAAUGAAAAAGGUCAUGCUGACAGUAUUUAAACACAAUCAUGGGGCUUACCAGUUCUUCCGGGAGGCUUUACAUUUCGAGAUUGAUGAAACUUCACCCAGCAUGUCCGGUUGCUGUGGAGACGACUGCACCUAUGAGAUCCUGAGCCGAAGAACAAAAUAUGGUGAGGCUUCGGGGCACGCACAUGGAGGCGGCCACUGCGGAGGCUGCUGCCAUUAAGUGCAAGCCUACCAGUAUUGUUUCUGAGCUUCCUCAUUCCCUACCCUUCUCCAAGACCCACAAACCCAACCCUUAUAACAAUCUGUCCAUGUAUGCUUUUGGUUUUAACUUGUGCUCAUUUACAGUUUCACAUAAAGUAUUUCAGUCUCAUUAUUGGCCACUGUGAGCCAAAUUUGACUUCUCUCACCUCAGGUAUCAGCAUGGUGAGGUGCAGCUUGUAUGUCUGUGCAUAUUUUUCAUAACAUAUUUUCCUCUCCAGAUUGUUUAGUUCCAUCCUCCGCUAUUUUAUGAACACCGUGAGUGAAUGCAAGUGGUGGUCACAGUGGUUACAACAGCCAUCUUACUCUAUACCACUUUUCAGGGUUAAAUGUAUUUUAACAAAAGCUGAAGUUUGCUAAAGUAUCACUUUUAAGAAUCAGAAAACAACAACAUGGACUGUUUAUGUAAUCGCUGAGCUUAGACUGUCUCAGGUCAUUCAACUUAAGCUUGUAACAAACUAUUUUAUAACAGCUAGGGAACUGGUGGAUGAGGGUUAUGUUGUUUGAUUUGCAAAAAUGCUUUGAAAGUUAUAAUGGACCCUAAAUGUAGAACUUUCAUUUUACUCUUUUUAUUGUAGCAUUUUAUGUCAUUAUUGUAUAUUUUUUUAUUUUUCUUCACUGUAUAAAAUCUGUUUACCGUGUACAUUUUAUUUUCCUUCACGAGGUCAUUGGAAAAUGUUACACACGACUUCGAAAGUGACGAGUUUGAUUGGUGGACGUCACUCGUGUGCUCUUAUUGAACGGAAACGAAACAUCGUUCCAGCUUUGUCAUGUGUUUGAUUUGUAUGCAACAAAUAAAGGAAUCUUGUUUGACU